AUGACAACAUCUCAAACUUUUCCUCCCAAAUAUUUAAAAGAGGAUAGCCUAAGUGAAGAGUGUAAGAAAUUGCUCUCUAUCCUACCAAAAGAAAAAGGAUGGAUUGGAUCAUAUAUCUAUAAUUACCAAGGUUUUUGGAUAUCACCAAGAUUGCUUCAAGGUGUGAUUGCGUGUCAACAACAAUUUCAAGCUCAAGAUAGUGAUAUCUUUCUUGUUACAAAUCCGAAAUCAGGAACUAUUUGGUUAAAAUCACUUUUAUUCGCUUUGGUGAAUCGAAUGAAACAUCCUAUGUUUGAACAAAAUCACCCUUUACUUAACAAGAACCCUCAUGAUCUUGUUCCAUUCUUGGAACUUACACUCUAUGUUGAUGGACAAGUCCCUGAUUUCUCAUCCUUCACCACACCUAGACUCUUGUCAACUCAUUUGCCCUUUGCUUCAUUACCAAAAUCUGCCCAAGAUUCAGAAACCAAACUUGUUUACUUAUGUAGGAAUCCUAAGGACACUUUCAUUUCUAUGUGGCAUUUUUCAAACAACUUAAGACUUCAUCACAAAGAUACCAAUUCGAUUGAAGAAAUGUUUGAUCUUUAUUGUAAGGGGAUGAGCGUUUAUGGUCCAUUUUGGGAUCACGUGUUAGAUUAUUGGAAACAAAGCAUAGAAAAUCCUAACAAAGUACUUUUCUUGAUGUAUGAAGAAAUUAAAGAACAACCUAAAAUGCAUCUUAAGCGCUUAGCUGAAUUCUUGGAAUGUCCAUUUUCUAUAAAGGAAGAAAAUUGUGGAGUUGUAGAUGAAAUAUUGAGAAUGUGUAGCUUUAAAAAUUUGAGCAAUUUGGAGGUGAAUACAACUGGGAAGUUGUCAACUGGAGAGGAAAAUAAAGUGUUCUUUCGUAGAGGAGAAAUUGGAGAUUGGAAAAAUUAUUUUACUACAGAGAUGAGUGAGAAAUUCAAUUAUAUCAUUGAACAAAAAUUUCAAGGAUCUGGACUGAAAUUUUCAUACAAUUGA